UGGCCUUUUAAUUUGUUUGAAAUUAACGCAUUACUUAAUCUGUCAUUUUAAGACUCAACAUAUGGCCAAAUAACGUGUAAAUUGUAUCUAGUUAUUUGUUAGCUAUCUACUACUUGGUCAACUUUGCUGGCUAGCUCGCUGGUGACUGUGCUGUGGCUUGUUUGUUGUUAGCUAGACCAGCUUGGAAUAAUGCCAAUGUGAUGGCUGUGCAGGCUAUGCUUCAAGAGCGAAUCAGGGUGGCCCAGGAGCUGCUGGGGAGAGUGGAUCUUCUAUGUGACCGUCAGUCACAAGAUGUAGAAGGAAGAGCUAAACUUUGCAGCAAGCUACGUGCAGAACUCCGGUUUCUCUCCAAGGUGGAUGCUGGUAAGGUUUCGAUCAAAGAAUCCCAUCUCCAGAGCACCAAUCUUACUCACCUCAAAGCUAUAGUUGAGUCAGCUGAAAGCCUGGAAGGGGUGAUUAGUGUUCUUCAUGUCUUUGCUUAUGAGGACACUGAUGGCGUAAAGCAGUCACUGGUGGUUGAUGUUGUUGCUAAUGGUGGGCAUACCUGGGUUAAAGCCAUUGGGCGCAAGGCAGAGGCCCUGCAUAAUAUCUGGCAGGGGCGAGGACAGUAUGGGGACAAGAGUGUGGUGCAUCAAGCCGAGGACUUUAUCCAGGCCAGCCAUCAGCAGCCCGUCCAGUACAGCAAUCCACACAUUAUCUUUGCUUUCUAUAAUGGCGUCUCCUGCCCUAUGGCAGAUCGUCUGCGAGAAAUGGGCAUUUCUGUGCGUGGAGACAUUGUUGCAGUGAACUCCGUAGUUACUGAAGAUGAUGGGGAGGUGGAUGAUGCUGAUGAUCAAGGGGCUGAGAGCGAAGUUGUUGAGGACAAAGACCAUUUUGAUGAAGGAGUUGACUCGACCGAUGAAGAUGACAAUGGCGAACUGUGUAUGGAGCACACUAGAGUAGACAGGGACACCAUUGUAGCUAGCUUAGCCUUCCCGACAGAGGUGAAAGUGGAUGUGUGUAAACGGGCCAACCUAGAUAUCACUACACUCAUCACCUACGUGUCUUCACUCAGCCAUGGCAGCUGCCACUUUACCUUCAAGGAGCAGGUGCUAACAGAACAGGCAGCACAGGAGCGUCGGGAGAAGGUGCUGCCUUGUCUGGAGGAGUUCAUGCAGGACAAGGAGCUGUAUGCCUGCCAAUCUGCUGUACAGGACUUCCGGGUCAUCCUUGAAACACUGGGUGGACCUGGGGAGAAGGCCCGUGCAGAGAAACUCCUAGCCCGGCUCCAUGUGGUGCCUGACCAGCCCUCAGAUCGCACCCAGCGACUGACAACCAGCUCCAAAGUAAACCACCGCUCACUCAUGAUUUUCGGCACAGGAGACUCCUUGCAGGCUGUCACCAUGACCGCUAACAGUGGUUUUGUGAGAGCGGCAGCCAAUCAGGGUGUACGUUACAGUGUCUUUAUUCACCAACCCAGAGCACUUACAGAGGGUAAGGAAUGGAGGGCCACACCGGUAUGAAACAAAGUGACCAGAACCAUUAUUGUAGCCUGCAAUUUGUGGCUGUCCAUAAACCACAAACCAAGCUGGUUGGGUUCAAGAUGGGAUUGCUAAUUGUUUUAAUUCAAACAGCGUGCUUGCUUGGACAUGGCUUGUCAGAACACAGAGUAUUCUGAGAACAAUUAUUUUUGGUUACUUUACACAUUUGUGGGAUAAAGAUGUGUGGAUCUUAAGAAACCAAGAAAAGGAAGAUAAAGAAGGCUGCAAGGAGAGACUAUGAAUUUACUGGUUCAUUUUGGUGAGGAUUUGGUCUGUCAAGAGGAGAAGCCCAAGUUCAGAGCUCCAGCUUUGUAGAAUGAACACUAGAUCACUUGGAGGCUGAGAACCAGGCUUUUUUGUCAGGCAUCAUAUGCAAGGAUUAUACCGGCUAUCGCAGUGCUUUUUUGAAUCAAUGUAUUUUUGUUUAAAUAAUUUACUACAAUGUAAAAGUAAUUUGUGCAAUAAUUGCAAACUGCAGCAGAACUCUAAGAUUACUAACUCCUUUUGUUUGUUAUUAUUUAGAUUGGCUUUUUGAAUACAUCCAAUUUGGGUAUAUAUUUGCUUGACUGUUGAUGCCGGACGGUUAUUGCUUGGUAAAUUAUUCUGCUUUGACAAAUGUGCUGCUGAUUAAAUUCUAAACUCUGUAUUGAAAGUCUAAGUAAGAUGCAAAUAAAGCAUCUUCAAAAACGUAUUUUAAUACAUUUAUUUAAUGUUCAGAAUUGAAUAUAUAAUAUAUAUAUAUAUAUAUAUAUUAUAAUAAUAAUAUACUAUAAUAUUACAUUUUGCAUCUUGUGACAGUCUUGUUCGUUCUCAGUUAACCAUGUGAGGGCAUUUUAUAUUAAAUCAUUUUGCUGUUGCUAAAAUGUAGUAUAUAUUUGAAUGCAUGAUUCAUUUAUUAAGAAGAAUGUCAUAAGUAGGGUCAAUUUACAACAACUUAAAUUUCAAGAGUAAGUGAAAGGUUGCCAUAAGGUCUGGUGUAAGAUUGUUGCUAAACGUGACAUUGUCAAGCUGUUCUGUGAAGUGAUAUUCAGUUUCUUGGAAAUUAUUAUAAUUAUAAUUUAGCAAGCAUUGGCCUUAAUUUCUCAGAACAAGAAUUUAUUGACGAGUUUCAGAAGAAAGUUCUUUGUUUCUGGCCACAAACCCUCAAUUGCUGAUGCUCCAGAUACUAAACUAAGAAUUCUAAUUGUAUUGCAGCUUUAAUCAAUACAACAGUUUUCUGUAGUGCAAACAAUGGCAAAAUAGUUUUCUCAUUAUCAAGAUUCUAUUGGAAUCUGUAAAGUCGUCCAUGUUUUAUUUAAAAAAUUCCAAAAUGCAACACAAAAAUAGCGUGUCUAAUUUUGUAGUAAUUGGUGAAAAAAUAUACAAACUAUACUGUCCUUCCUGACUGCUAAUGCAUUUACUAACAUAAAUGAGAUUAUUAUUUUACCAUAAUCACAAAAUUGUAAAUUAAUGAUUUAUUGUAUAGGUAGGCAGAUUAUGUAGGCAGAUUUAGAAUCUGAAAGGGAAAAGAAGCAGGACAAUUCAAUACACAAUUUUUAUUUUCCAAUAUUCUCUUCGUCAUAGUUUUUAAUUAGACAAUUGUUUUUAAAAAAAACUUGAAAAUAUACACAUUUGAUUUUAAGAUGCAUAACAUUUGCACUAAUCUUUAAUAAAACACAAAGAAAUAAAUCCUACAAUUCAUUUUCCAAUGUUUUUUCUAUCAUUAAUCAGUAUCCUUGCAAUUUACUGAGAGCAAUUGAGGUCUGUAUUCAAGGUGAAAGGGACUCCUCACCCAUUUUAAAAUGUUCCUGCCCAUGGCUUACCUGGCCAGGUGCUCAAAGGUAGAGAUUUCUCAUUUUAUAAAGCUGCUUUUAAUUUCUAGCUUUCUCAUUGAUAUAAAAAAUGACUA